GAAUUCCCUGUUUUUGGGAGUGGUGAAUGUCGGGAGUUUCUAUGAAGCGUUCGACAUGACUAAGCUUCUGCGCGUGCCGGAGAUCAAGCUCUCGGUCUACGCGUCGAGUAUGAAUUCUGAGUAUUCCGACAAUGAAGUUGUGGAUGUCGCUGCUGUUAAGUUGCGACCGAAGGCUGGCGUUGUUUUGACAAACCAAAAGAUUCCCUCGUGAUAAUUGUAGUUUUGCUCUCGGAAAGGCCGGGUUUUUGUCUUAAAAUUUCGCCAUUUUUGGCAUCAAUGUGUAUGAGUCAAUCGUUGUACCUUUUAGAUUCGCUAAUUUUCUCUCAUCUUUUCAGGGAGUACUCAGGUAGUCAUUAUUCGUUUGUAAAGAGCUGGGACCGUUUGAAUUUUUUUCCAUGCGUUACUCGAGGUCGGGUGAAGAUUCCCCGGUAAAAUUAUACUUUCACUUACAAAAAGACAGGAUUCUGCAGCCUCUACUUGCUCCGAAAUCUUGACAAUUAUAUGUCUCAUGACUCCAUGACUGCCAACUGAAGUCCCCACUUUACGAACUUUUUGCUGUUAUUCUUUCAUCAAAAGUAAUACAAUGGAAAUAUGUUCGAUCAAUACCUGUAAGUCAAAUUUUAGUUUUUACAAAAAAACGGUACACGGACUUUA